CAAAACGGGCCGCUUCGUGGUUCUGCCCUCGCAGAAUCAAUUUUAAGGGUUGUGUUCUCUCCCCGCAAAAACCCUGCGCUCUCACACAGACAGAGAGUAACAGAUGGGGCGUACAAGCAAAGACCUUCUCGCCUUGGAGCACAAGAACUCCUCCGCAACAUCUUCUAUUGAGUCAGCACUUCUUGUCUGUAAGAAAGACACAAGCGCUCAAGAUAAGCAGCCUGAACUUGAAAAGAAGCCAGUUACUGCUUCUCUUCCCCAAAGCCAAGUUUUGGGAAAAGUAAAAGAUUUCUUAGGAGUCAUAUCAGGAGCUAAUAGAAUGUUGGAGCUCAAUGCUCAGGAUAAAUCCAUGGACUAUGAUAUUGAAGCGCUCACCGGAAAUGAAUCUGAAAUCAUUGAAAUGGAUUUGAUGCUGGGUGUGGCUGAUCUCCAUACCCCAGAUGCCGUAGCAGCCGCUGAAUCUGCAAUUUCUGGUAAUCAACCGGUGAUUGCUUUGCCUGAUAGUAGUGAUGAUAGUAGUCAAACAGAAUCAGAUGAUAGUAGUAGUGAUGAUGACAGUGACAAUGAUGAUGAUGAUGAAAAAGCAUGCUUUCCUGACAAGCGCAAAAAAUCCGAGUCUAUAAAAAAUGUAGUGAACGAAACAGUGGGAAAGAACAAGUCAAAGAAGCGGGCAAGGAUUGUUGAACUUUCAUGAAAAGCUAGAUAGGUUUUGCUUGGGAGUAAGGCCGAUACAUUGAGGUGCAAUUGUGGGAAAGUAAGUGUCUGGGAACUGCCAAAUGAGUUUAACAGUUGCUAGAAGAGUACAAAGACCAUUUUUUUUUUCCGUUUAGACAACUUCAUAUAUAAUUUUGGAAUGUCAAUGUUGUCGAGAAUUAUACGUGUUUUUUGUAGGGAUUUUUCUGAGUCACGUUUGCUUCUAAAAGAGGAACCUAUGGUGAUAAGAGUUGUUUGUGAGAGCAUUUUGAAGUGU